GGUUAUAUGGUUUUUUAUAGUUGAGGAGCGAAACUAAAGGCAUUCGCAUAUCAUCUCUCUUUCUCCCCCGUCUCUUGUCUUCAAAUUGAAACGCACCCAAUUCUUCUUCCCUAUUUGCAUCGCAUUUGUUCUGCUUGAAUCUCUGCCUGAUGGAGAGAAUGUUCCCUCCGAAGAAGCCCUCCACUAUGAAUUCCCACGACCGGCCCAUGUGUGUUCAAGCCGACUCUGGCCUCGUCCUCACCACCGACCCCAAGCCUCGCCUUCGCUGGACCGUCGAACUCCAUGAACGCUUUGUCGAUGCUGUCGCUCAGCUCGGUGGCCCUGACAAGGCCACUCCUAAAACCAUCAUGAGGGUUAUGGGCGUCAAGGGUCUUACCCUUUACCAUCUCAAGAGCCACCUUCAGAAAUUUAGGCUUGGGAAGCAACCCCACAAGGAAUUCAAUGAUCAUUCGAUUAAGGAUAGCAUGAGAGCUUCGGCUUUAGAGCUUCAACGAAACACGGCCUCCCCAUCCGCCAUGAUUGGUCGCAACAUGAAUGAUAACUCACGCAUGGUUGAUGCAAUUAGGAUGCAAAUGGAGGUGCAGAGAAGACUGCAUGAACAGCUCGAGGUCCAGAAACACCUUCAGCUAAGGAUUGAAGCUCAAGGAAAGUACAUGCAGAGUAUAUUGGAGAAGGCUUAUCAAACACUUGCAGGUGAAAACAUGGCUGCCACUAAUAACUUAAAAGGCAAUAUCAAUAUUGGAGCAACUCAAGCCAUCCCCGAAAUAGGAGUCAUGAAAGACUUUAGUUCCCCUCUUAGUUUUCCUUUCCAAGAACUCACCAUCUAUGGCGGCGGCAAUGGGGGCGACCAAAUUGAUCAUCAUCUUCACCAUAUGGAGAGGCCACAGCUUGAAGGGUUGAUGAUGCCAAACAAUAAUAACAAUAACAAUAACGAAAAUUUGUGUCUAGGGAAAAAGAGGCCGAGUCCUUAUAAUAGCACUACAACUGGAAAGAGUCCUUUGAUUUGGAACGACGAUCUUCGGCUUCAUCAAGAUUUAGGGACAGCUUCAUCAUGCCUCGGAGGACCUCAAGAUGAUCCUUUCAAAGGUCUUGACCAUCAACUUCACAUUGCACCGCCGUCGUUGGAUCAUAGAGCCGGCGAAAUGGAUCCCAUGUCAGAGAUUUACGACACAAAGCCGGUGCUACAAGGAGACGCUGUGUGUGACAAGUUUUCGGAUGCUUCAGUGAAGCUUGAAAGGCCGUCACCAAGAAGGACACAGACUACAACCCCUCUUCAAGGAGAAAGGAUGAGCCCCAUGAUUAGCAGUGGUACCAUGGCACAAGGUAGAAGCUCUCCAUUUGGGUGAAUUAUCCAAGUUUAACAUAAUUUAAUUUCUUGUAUAAUUGACUUGUUAUGAACCCAAGAUCUAGACUUUUGAACUAGGUCUUGAAAUUUGUACUUUAUAUUAUCUAGGGUUUUUUCCAGCAGACUAAUAUAUUAUUAUGGCAUAAGAUAUAGGCCUUUAAAGUCA